UUCAACUGUUGCCUUAAACUUUUCAAAACAGCUAUCAUCACUUCUGAAAGAGGAAGAAGGCAUUGUAAUACUGAACGUAGAGCGACACCUGACGUAUAAAGGUUGUUCAAGUGCAAGCGCUCAGUCGGCUCAGCUUACACCAGUCACCCUGACGCUGCUAGAGUCCAUGGAUAUCAAACGAAUUGGAGGUGAUGAGAAACCUUUCUUAACUGGGCUUGACUUCCUACCAGAUGGAAGACUUGUAGCCGUGGAUAGCUGGAAAUGUCAAUGCCUUAUAAUGAAUCACCAACUGCAGAGGCAAGGAACGCCGUACAAGUUCAAUACAAAUCCAUUAGACGUGGUAUGUUUGUCACAGGCUGAGCUGGCAGUGACGAUGAGGAAUAAGGCAGUGUGCCUCCUGUAUGUGAGUCCUGACAAUAGCAUCAGUUUGACAAAGAAAAUAAACAUAGCCAUCGAUGUCUUCUCCAUAUGUUGCAUGACCCAAACAGAAUUGGUCGUGAGUACACACAAUGAUGCACGUCCAAUGCGAAUGAUAACGAAGUCCGGUGUGGUGCCAGGCUUUGAUCAUUUGCUGUUUCCUUCAAAGACGUACCAACUUGAAGAGAGCAGGUGCACAUAUAUCCAGUCUACGAACAGUUUGGUGCUGACUGACAGGUUAGCUCAUACACUAUACAUCAACGACAAGGUUAAGUCUAGAGCUAUCACAGAUGAUAAUAAAAGACAACCACGUGCUGCUUGCGUCGGGCCUGGUGGCACGGUACUGGUGUGCAGUGCGGCUAAGAACUCCAUUGUACACGUGACUGUUGAUGGUACAAUACUUGGCUCCUACAAAGUUGAUGUGCGGUGGCCGUAUACCCUGUGUAUUAAUAAAGAUAGGAGCAGAUUGGUAGUAUCGGGGUGUGAUAUUGACAUGAGUAAAUUGUUGAUGUACAAAUUGUUGUAA